AUGGAGGAACGAAGGAAAGGUGGACAGACGAGAAGCAAGGGUUCCCUUCCCGCCAGUGGAAGCAGCAGUAGAAGCUUUCAGCAGCGUGUGUUCUCCCUUUUGCAACGAUGCAACAGCCUCAACAUUCUCCUCCAAAUCCACACCCAACUAAUCCUCAACUCCCUCUCUUACAAGAACAACUUCAUCUUCAAGCUCCUCUCUUUAUACGUCUCCUACGGCCACCUCCACAAUGCCCACACCCUCUUCUCCACUCUCCACAAACCCACCACCCCCCUCUGGAACCAGAUCAUCAGGGCCCAUGCCCGAACCCCAGCAGCUCCUUUCAAAUCUGUGGAGUGCUACAAUCGCAUGGUGGCUUCUGGGUCGGAGCCUGAUGGGUUCACGUACUCGUUCCUUCUGAGCGCGUGCGCACGUGGUGGGUUGGUUGGGGAAGGGGAACAGGUGCAUUGCAAGGUUUUGGUCAAAGGGUAUUGCUACAAUGUGUUUGUGGAGACAAGUUUGGUGAAUUUCUAUGCGGUGUGCGGUGGUGUUGGGAAAGCACGUUACGUGUUUGAUGAAAUGAAUCAGAGAAGUGUUGCUAGCUGGAACUCUAUGCUUGCUGGGUAUGUUAGGUGUGGUGAUUUUGAUGGGGCCAGAAGGGUUUUCGAUGAGAUGCCUUGUAGGAAUGUUGUGUCUUGGACCACCAUGGUUGCCGGAUGCGCUCGUGGCGGCAAGUGCAAGCAGGCUUUGUCGUUGUUUGGUGAGAUGAGUAGGGCGGGUGUGGAAUUGGACCAGGUGGCGCUGGUGGCUGCCUUGACAGCAUGCGCUGAGUUGGGGGAUCUAAAGUUGGGAAGAUGGAUACAUUGGUAUGUUGAACAGAGAUUUGUUGUGAGGAACAAUGAGCAGCCUUCAUUGCGUUUGAGCAAUGCACUCAUUCAUAUGUAUGCCAGUUGUGGAAUCAUUGAUGAUGCUUACAGAGUGUUUAUCAAUAUGCCGCGGAAAAGCACUGUGUCUUGGACUAGCAUCAUCAUGGCUUUUGCGAAACAAGGCCUUGGAAAGGAAGCGCUUGAUCUUUUUAAGGCUAUGCUUAGUGAUGGUGUUGGUGUAAAUGAAAUAAGACCAGAUGAAGUAACCUUCAUUGGAGUGCUUUGUGCUUGCAGCCAUGCUGGGUUUGUAGACGAAGGACGCCAGAUUUUUGCAUCUAUGAAACAUACUUGGGGAAUCCACCCAAGGAUUGAGCACUAUGGAUGCAUGGUUGAUCUCUUGAGCCGUGCUGGUUUCUUAGAUGAAGCACAGGGACUUAUCGAAACCAUGCCUUUAAAACCAAAUGAUGUGCUAUGGGGUGCCCUUCUUGGGGGUUGUCGAAUACACAAGAACUCAGAACUAGCAUCGGGAGUGGCAAACAAGGUAGUAGCCGAGCUCAACGUCAACCAAGCCGCAGGCUAUCUUGUCCUCUUGUCAAACAUAUAUGCUUUUGCCAAAAGGUGGCAGGAUGUAGUUGCUAUGAGACAAAAAAUGAUUGAGAUGGGUGUUAAAAAGCCUCCGGGCAGAAGUGUUGUGCAAAUUAAUGGAGUUCUGCAUAACUUUGUGGCUGGUGACGUGACGCAUAAGCAUUCUUAUUAUAUCUAUGAAACCCUCCAUGAGAUCACCAAACAAGCCAAUUGGGAAGACUAUGAACCAGACAUAACAGAGGUCUUAGUUGAUGCUUAGGGGAAAAACCGCAACUUUUGAGCUAGCUUUAUAGUUCUCCUUGAUCAUGAUAUCUCUACAGAAGGAAGAUGCUCAUUUUCUGAUUUUCAAAGUGGUUGGUGAUUGUUGCUACUUGCUAGUUGCUAGUGAUGGUACUAGUUUCAUACUGUGAGUCGAUCCCAUCGGUUUGAUUAAACAAACAUUUUGAAGAAAAUUUUGCAGGCAUCACAGAAACAUAUACAUUUCAUGAAGAUUGAACACCUGUAACAUUCACUUUACUCUUGACGUGUAAACUGAAACAGUUAUUGUAAAUUUGUAAUUGUUCCAUUCUUAAUAGGUUAGCCAUUCUUUCAGCUCAA